UUAUAUAAUCCAGGGGAAACUCCGGCCUCCGCGGCUCCUUGGCCUUCAAGGAGUCUCUGACUGUGUCUCUAUAUAAAGGAUAAACAAAUUGAGUCCACAACAAAACUCUGUUUUUUUCAAGCCAAUCAUUGAAACCAAAAAAAAAAAAAAAUCAUCCCCUGUUUCUUUAUUCAUCUAUAAAAGAAAAAAAAACUAAUCUUUAUUAUGUCUUCUUGUACUACUAGCUUUUCAACCAAAGUGUCACCAACUUUUAGGAAGAAUGAUAUUUUCCUGAAAAAACAAAUGUUGGGAACUAUUUCUUUUUCUUCCAAGAAAGAUUCUUACUUGGGUUUCACUGCCCAAACUAGUAGUCAAACAGAUUUUGUGUCUGCAAUGGAUGAAGAUUGUAAAUUGGAAUUGAAAUCGAAUUAUAUAUCAGAUGGGUAUUGUAAAGAAUUGGAGAUUGCUGUAAGAGCUGUUCAUAUGGCUUGUUUGCUCUGCCAGAGGGUUCAAGAAAAUUUGUUAUCUGAAACCUCUGAACAUGUUCAUUCUAAGGAGGAUGACUCUCCUGUCACAAUUGCUGAUUGGAGCGUCCAAGCAAUUGUCAGCUGGGUACUGUCCGAGGCUUAUGGCAGUAACGUCUCUAUUGUUGCUGAAGAAGAUGUAGAAGCUCUUUCCAAGGCUAGCGCAGCUGGUCUGUUAGAAGCAGUAGUAAGAACUGUGAAUGAGUGUCUAGCCGAUGCUCCUCGUUUUGGACUGAAAGGUCCUGGUACUGAUCUGGAUGCUAAAGCUGUUCUUGAGGCCAUAAGUCGUUGCAGCUUAGCAGGUGCCAGAGGUAGCAAGUUUUGGGUACUGGAUCCUGUUGAUGGCACGUUGGGUUUCGUGCGUGGAGAUCAAUAUGCCAUUGCUUUGGCAUUGAUAGAAGACGGAGAACCUGUGCUUGGGGUUCUCGGAUGUCCAAAUUAUCCUAUGAAGAAGGAAUGGCUUAGUUAUCAAAAUGGUUAUAGGAGAAUCUUAUCUAGGUUGAGCUCCUCUACAUCUGAAUCUUCGGAUAGAGGUUCUGUACUUUAUGCAAGGAAAGGUGGCGGCAGGGCCUGGAUGCAACCGUUACUGCGCGGAGAAAGUAAGUUUGUGUGGCCAAACGCUGCAAGGGAAAUUAGAGUAUCCUCCAUCGAUAACCCAGCACUAGCUACCUUUUGUGAACCAGUUGAGAAGGCAAAUUCAAGCCAUUCAUUCACAGCAGGACUGGCUCAUAGUGUUGGACUUCGGAACCAGCCGUUACGUGUAUACAGCAUGGUAAAGUAUGCAGCCAUAGCUCGAGGAGAUGCUGAGAUAUACAUGAAGUUCGCUAGGGCUGGUUACAAGGAGAAAAUAUGGGAUCAUGCAGCUGGUGUUCUUAUCAUUGAAGAAGCCGGUGGAGUGGUGACCGAUGCAGGAGGGCAACCACUAGACUUCUCAAAAGGCGAAUACUUAGAAGGACUUGAUCGCGGUAUAAUUGCUUGCGCUGGAGCCAAACUGCACGAAACGAUCAUCGGGGCUGUAGAUGCUAGCUGGAACUCCUCUAGCCUUUAACCUACUGUAUGUUACUCAAAAAUUUCAGCCUAAAAUGUGGUCAAAUGGUGUGCAUAGAAUCAUCUAUGUUGCAAAUAUGAAUAAAUGAUAGUACUAGGCAUUUACUGCAACCGUGGGUAAUGAUUUUUUUUUUAUUUUCUACCCGAUGUUUGAUAUCGUUAUUGGAGCCUGACUAAAUUUAAAUUCGUAUCGAGAAGUGGAGGCACUGAUUUAUUGCACUA